AGGAUGCUCCGGGGGUGGCUCUUUGCUUCCUCGCCUGCCCGGAGCUCGCAGGGGCUCGCCUGGAGGAUGUCUCACCCCCUCGGCACAGGUGCCGCUGCCGGGGCGAGUUCAGAGCAUGCUGCUGAGGGCCACCCCCAGGAGGUUCCUGGAGCAGCACCUUCUCUUCGUGGAGAGCGCAGAGCGGCAGCGCCCGGCUCGGGAAUCGCUCCCGAAUCCAUUCAUGACUGAGGAACCCCCGGCCGAGCCGGAGCUGCCGCCCUCCAACCUGACCAACGCGACGGACUGCGGCGAGGAGAUCCUGCUCUAUGGGGACACCGAGAAGGUCGUCAUCGGGGCCGUGCUCUCCAUCAUCAUCCUCAUGACCAUCGCCGGCAACGGGCUCGUCAUCAUCUCCGUGUGCAUCGUCAAGAAGCUCCGCCAGCCCUCCAACUACCUGGUGGUGUCCCUGGCGGCCGCCGACCUGUCGGUGGCCUUCGCCGUCAUGCCCUUCGUCACCAUCACGGACCUGGUGGGGGGGGAGUGGCUCUUUGGGAAGGUGUUUUGCAACGUGUUCAUCGCCAUGGACGUCAUGUGCUGCACGGCCUCCAUCAUGACCUUGUGCAUCAUCAGCGUGGACAGGUACCUGGGCAUCACCCGCCCGCUGACGUACCCGGUGAGGCAGAACGGGAAGCUCAUGGCCAAGAUGGUCUUCAUCGUUUGGCUCCUCUCUGCCUCCAUCACCCUCCCUCCGCUGUUCGGCUGGGCCCAGAACGUCACGGUGGAGCGGGUGUGCCUCAUCAGCCAGGACUUCGGCUACACCGUCUACUCCACGGGCGUGGCCUUCUACAUCCCCAUGGCCGUGAUGCUCGUCAUGUACAGCCGCAUCUACAAGGCGGCCAAGGUGAGUGCCGAGAAGCACCGCUUCAUGAACCUCCCCAAGCACUACGAGGAGGAGGGGGUCUACUGCCUGGAGGCCUCCGGCCGGGGCCACCACAGCUCCCGGCGCACCAAGGCGGCGGAGGAGUGCGCCACGCUGUCCAAGCUGCUCCGGCAGGACAGGAAGAACAUCUCCAUCUUCAAGCGGGAGCAGAAGGCGGCCAGGACCCUCGGGAUUAUCGUGGGGGCCUUCACGUUCUGCUGGCUGCCCUUCUUCCUGAUGUCCACGGCCCGGCCGUUCAUCUGCGGCGUGCGCUGCAGCUGCAUCCCGCUGCGGCUGGAGAGGACUCUGCUCUGGCUGGGCUACACCAACUCCCUCAUCAACCCCCUCAUCUACGCCUUAUUCAACAGGGACUUGAGGACUACUUUCUGGAACCUCCUGAGGUGCAGGUACAGGAACAUCAACAGGAGGCUCUCGGCCGCCAGCAUGCACGAGGCACUGAAGGCCACAGAGAGGCACGAGUGCAUCCUGUAGGGCCGUGGCCUCUCUCCCAGUGCCUGACCAAGCGGCUCCUGCCUCUCCAUUUCAGGUUUCCUCGCUUCUCCUGCCCUCCUGGGGGCUGGCAGAAACCAUUUGUGCCGUUGUUCUUCCCCCCUUCCCUGCCAGACAUCACUGAGCCCCUUCCCCUCGCCCUGUGAGGAGCCGUGGCUCUCCUCACCUCGGGAACAAGUGGAGGGAAAUCCCCUUGGGAACAGCCCUUUCCUCUCACUGUGUCCAAGGUGGGGGGUGAAAAGCCAUGAGCCAGACUUUUGGGGGGUGGGGAGUUCAAGGUCUACCAACUGUGGGCAACUCACACCACCUUUCUGUGCCUCAGUUUCCCCAUCUGUUAUUUAAAAAAAAAAAUUGAAAAAAAUAAAAACAAGGAAAAGAAACCCUCCCAGCCAACCAAACAUUAAAAAAAAAAACCUCCCUAAAAACUUGAUAAGACUGUGGCUCUCCACCUUCACAAAGGGCUCUAAGGUCUGUGGAGGGCACACAACACGCGAUGUAAAGAUGACAUUGGCUGCACUUCUCUCUGGAGCACCACAGCGGCUCCGCUGUACGAUCCCAGCUCUCCCGCCAUCCCAGCUCACACGGACUCUUCCCACGGAUGUAAUUGCAUUUCACACCCUGAGCUCACGCCCGGGUUUGCACGUCAGAGCAGUAACACCCAUGGCCCCGUUCCCCCUCACACUGUGGCACUGCAGCGCUCGGAGGAGACGCCCCUGCAGCAUCCAACACCAACGGAGCUUCCUUCAUGGUCGGAUGGCAAAAAGUCCCGUGGCCUCCUCGUCAGGGCAAUGACCAGCGAGCAAAGACAGUUGUGUUUAUUGGGUUGGACUCUAAUUCAUUCCCAGACAAGCGAUGUGUGUUCAUCAUUUGUGGCUAAUUGACUCCACAAAAGCACGCUUUGGUUGGCAACAGACAAAAACAUGUAAUUUCCCUGACAGCUUUACAGUGCUUCAGUGUGACGUCCAGCAAGCUUGAAAAAAAAAAAAAUACACUGGAUGAUGUAUCUUUUUUUAAAGAAAAAAAGAAAAAAAAAAAAAAAAAAGAAAAAGUCUGGUUUCCUUUUUUUGUUGGAGACCCUUUGGUCUCUUUGACUUUAAAGCGUCUCUUUAUUUUUUAUGUGGUGGUGGCUUCAGGUGUCUUCCUGCAGAUCCUCUUUGCUCAUGAUCAACCUCGUUGUGUCAACCUGGCAGCCCCACAGACCUUUGCCUGUUUGUAGAUUGAUCACUGAAUUGUAGAAUCAUGGAAUGGUUUGGGUUGGGAGGGACCUCAAAGACCAUCUUGUUCCACCCCCUGCCAUGGGCAGGGACACCUUCCACUAGCCCAGGUUGCUCCAAGCCCCCUCCAACCUGGCCUUGGACACUUCCAGGGCAGAUGAUUUGUGCUCCAGUUGUUGAAUGUCUCCUGUCCUGGGUUUUCUUGUCAAAGCCAGACUGUUCAGAGGCUGAGGGAAAGUUGUUUCUAGACCUCCCCUCCCUCCAGAUUUUCUUCAUCAAGCAAGAGUGUGUGAGUGGUGGGAGUCCCAUCUCUGGCAGAAAUACAAGUGUGAUGCCUUAAUCCAUAUCUGGGCUGGGUGUUGGAUGUCUUGGCUGAGUGCUGGUUUAACUUCUGUGCUCUCACUUCUCCUCUUUUUACCAGCCAUUUCUAUCCUGGCUCAUUUCACACUUGCUUUUUUUUCUAGAAAGAUCUGCAGUUUAGACUGGUAAUUCACAGCAGGCAAACUGGCUCAGGCCCACUGGGAACGUUCCAAGGGACUGAGAGGCUGGACACAGGGACUGCAGUGUGUGUCCAGAUAUUCUCCAAACUCCUGUCCUCACAGACAGAGCCAGAACUGCACAGGGGAGGAGCAGAGGAGGUUGGAGCUGCCCAGUGGGUCUCCAGUGGGAGAUACUUAAACACCAGACAGCAGAGAGGUUCGAAGGAGCACACAAUCAGGAGCAAUCCUAAGGGUGUGGCUAGAGCCCUGCCUCACCUGCUAUUCCAGGCAGGAGCUCUCUGAAUGAGAGUGAGUGGUUUUUGCUAAGGGUUUUGACAGCUUUCCACCCAAUCUGCCUGGUUUGUUACCUACAGCUGUGUGUCGGUGUGGGGCCAUCGUCCCCUCUGACACAACAUCUUGGCAGCAGCUGUUCCUGCUGCUGGUUCUGUUCCUGCCACAGGGACACGAAGCUCCUGCAGGCUCCCAUUUCCUCCCUGGGCUCCUGCAGCUCCUUCCCUGCCACGGAGCCCCCAGUGCCCUUUUGACAGAGCUGUCUGGGUUAGAAUUAACCAGCUGCGAAUUCCAACCAUCUCCUCGGGAUGUGAGAGCCCCAGGCCAGCCCAUUUCACAUCCAGCACGUAACAGGAGCCUGGUUGUCCUGCUGCAGUGUAUUUAUUUACAUGCCCGAGGUCAGAGUGGCACCAUUUUACUUAUUUUCUGUGUUAGGAAUUCUAAAACUGCCUUCAACAAUUAUAAUCUUGUUUAAUUCCACUUAACACCCCGGUGCUGAUCUCCAGCACUGCUUAAAAGGGUGCUGCAAAAGAGCUGUGAAACCAGUGUUUGAGCUUUUAAAAUUGAAUCAGGCAAAUACUGCUUUUUUUCUGGUUUGAGGGUUCUUCCAGAAUAAAAAACAGUAAGGGAAAAAAAUAUGGAUGAUCCAAACCCCACAAUUCUUCUCAGCAAGGAAUCGAGCAAAAUGAUUUAUUUGCCUUUAAAACUCCCAGUGUUUUCUUUGACUUGGAAUUGAAUGUUUUGUUGCACCCAAGGCUCAUCUGAUAAUGUUUUCCCUUAUAUUUUCAUUUGAAGCUGUAGAAACAUUUAAAAGAAAAGCUUUUUCCCAAGAAACCACUCCAAGAGUUUGCACCCAGAAAUAUUUAAACACAACAGCUUCGCUAAACCCAAACAUUCUGCUCAAAAAAUAACGAGACGGUUUGUGGGAUUUCCCCCACUAGUCCUUGACUCAAGCUUUGAGACAUCAGCCUAAACUCUUGCUUUUUAACUCCCCAGGAUUAAAUUGUGUUCAGGUUGGAUAAAAUAAUGUGCAUCCAAAGACACCAAGGCCUUUUCCACACACGAGUGAGCACCAACCAUUUAGUUAAGCCAGUCAAGAUCCUCGUAGAUGAGCCACUAAAUCACGCUGAAAAUGCUCUGUGGGGUUUGUUGGUUUGCUUAUUUUCUUUUAAUCAGACAGGAAUCAAUGCAUUUGGCGUCUGCAAAAACAAACAAAAAAACCCCAAACCUGGCUUUAAAUAAAUCUGAGCCAUUUUGAAGCUGAUUUUAGCACGCACACGUGGGCCUAACGAAGCUGUGUGAGGUCAAAGAGAGAUUGGCUCUAAAAGAGUCCAUGUUUAGGUAAAAAUUGUGAGCUCAGGGAGAAAAUCAUCAAUUUAAGAGGAGAAGAGGAAGUUUUCAUGGACAAUGAGGAGUCCCAGCAGGGCAACAGCAAACACAGCGGAGAAGAAUGAGGAGCCUCGGGCAGAGAAAAUGGAACUAAUUCAGGCAGAAAAUGAGUAGGUCUCAAAUCAGCUUUUUUAUUCCGCUCCCUGUGCAAGGGAAAUCCAUCCAGGGAUUCAGGCAGAGUGAUCUGGGGGAGAAAAGGCAGUUUUGACAACCCCCCCCAGGUGGGGUUUGCAGGUUUUGGACACCAACGUUGGGCAAAGCCAGGCGGGCUCAGGUCGAGAUGAUCUGGAUGAUUUGUGUAGUUUUCCCACUCAAACACACGUAAAUAUUUAUCUCCUAAUUUUAUUUUAUUUUAUUUUUUGGCAAGACAAUCUACAGAUCUCCUACCUACCACGUGGAAAAGCUUUUUCUGUUUGGAGCCUUCUGAGUCACAUGUCAAUAAAACAGAGUCAGCCCCACGACACUUUCCACCUGUCUUCUUAUGUAAGAAAUGUGUUUCCUUUGUUUGUUUUACUGCCCUUUUAAGCUGGACACGUUUCAUAUUCACAGUGCAGGAUCUUCAGUUGCCUGAUUCUAUCUCUUUUCUCCCUCCACUCUGAGAUAGAGCUUAAGCAAAAACCUCAAAACACCAAAUGAACAGGCAGGUCACUGCUGAAAAGUCAUUUUUAAGUCACAGUCAAGGCAAAAAAUGGAUAUUUCACAAAAAAAACCCCAGAAUGGUUUGGGUUGGAAGGACCUUAAAGAUCAUCCAGUUCAAACCCUGCCAUGGGCAGGGACACAUUCCACUAACCCAGGUUGCUCCAAGCCCAAUCCAACCUGCCUUGAACACUUCCAGGGAGUUUUUCCAGCCAUUUCCAGCCUUUCUCUGCUCUGCUCUGGUGAUUCCACAUAUUUUUUAAAUGACAAAAUCUUUUCCACAUAGAACCUAUAAUCUCAGACCAAAAAAAAAAAAAAAAUCAAGAAGAAAGCUGGAGCACAAAGAUGAUGUUACACAAAUGCCUUUACCUGAGAAGAACUGAAUCUCUCUGGCAAACACUCAGUUUUCUUUAGCUCUCUUGGGCUGCACUGAUACUUCUCCCUGGGUGGGUUUUCCCUUGGCCUCUUGGUCACCUGGGUGGGCAUCGAUUUACAACCCACAAAAACUCUCAUCUGGGUUGUUUCCACAGGUUUUUAUUUGAGAUAUCUGUCCUUCUGUGGCAAAGGUAUCACAGCUCCCUGAACAAAAAACACAAAAUGGGGGAAAGGCAGCACCUCCUGGGGUGAAAUAACCCCAGGAAGGGUUUUGUGGCUCUGUGAUUGAGCGUGUGAACCCAAGAGGUUGAGUCUGGGGGAGAAGGAGAAGCUCACAGGUGGUGGCAGCUGGACCAGGGUAGGAUUUGCUGAUGAUGGACGUGAAUAGAGUCACUGGGCAGGGGAUGUGGGGAAGGUCAAGGUCGAGUUGGAUGGGGCUUGGAACAACGUGGACUAAUGGAAGGUGUCCCUGCCAUUGGCAGGGGUUGGAACUGGAUGAUCUCUAAGGCCCCUUCCAACCCAACCCAACCCAACCCAGGGUGUGAUUC